AUGCUACGAUUUAAAAAGGACAGCGAUCCUCGGGCGUUCUUGGAUCAAGCGAAGCACAUUGUCUGCGCGUACGUGGGAGAUGACAUGUUUGAGGACCAAUGCAGUCGCUACUUGUCGUACCACGCCGUGAGCCCCUUCCAUAGUCAAGCCCUCAAAGAAGAGUUUGCUAAAAGACCGAAGUCGAAGCUGGCCUGGGAUGAGUGCGAAGCAAUCUUUCUUAAGAUUGCGUUAACCGAACAAGAGCGCAUUGAACAGAUAAAACAGCUGUUGGCGACUGGACGAGAAAACAGAGAGUCUUACCGCCAGUUUGCCAUGCGUACUGCUCGAGACAUUCGCAUCAAUGGUGUCAAGGAUGACAAUAAAAUGGUUCUCACAUUAUUGAAUGCCACCGUUGUAGUGUGGUAA